AUAUUCAGUCAAUCCUGAAAUUGAAACGUUUUACAGUCACAAAUUGAUUUUCCUGAAAAUUUUAUUUUUGUAAUUUUUUAAAUAAAUUUUUCUAAAUGUUUAAUCAUUCAAUUAUACUCGAUGAAGACACCAUCAGAGUGCGUAACGGGCACUGUGUAAUGGAUGCUAUAGCAUCCCAAAACAAUCAAAUUACGGAAGACGAAUUAUUUGACCAAUUCAUUACGUCGACGGAUGCGUCACGCGACAUUAUCGAAGAUGAAUUGAGACAAAUAUUACAUAAUGGCAUGGUUGGUGGAUUUAUAGUAAAAACUGGCAACAAAUAUGCAAUCCCGACACUUCAAAAUACGUAUGCAACUGAUUGUGACGAUGGCGAAGGCGACGAUAGUAAAGAUGACGUAAGGGAAGGUGACGGGAAGCAAUAUGCGAUCACCAUCUCAAGUCCUGACAGGUCUGAAGUAACAGUGAAAGUAGAACCAGGCACUUCGCCGAGCAGGGCUUCAAGGAAACGGGCAGCAACAGGUCCAUCGCCUCACGAGCCCUGUUUAAAAAGAGGAAGGGAUGCACCUUGCCCAGAGGCAGUUGAAUUAUCGAUUAAGCUUCGAGAUGGUGAUUACAAAUUCGAAAAAUCCAAAAGAAUGGAAAAGUACAUACCGAAGCUGUUUUCGAUUGACGAAAAAAGCGACGUCAAACGUUUUGCAAGAAGGCCAACAUUUGUCGAGGGCAGACAUUGUGCACCAGAUUAUGAUAUUGUAGAUGAAGAAGAAGAAGACGAAGAAGAAGCUGAAGAAGAUGAAAGUGGACCUGGAUUUGAAGAGAAACAUGGAGAUGAUCAUGAUGAUGAUGAUCCUUCAGCGUGCAAAACUGGACCGGCUACACGAAAGUCUACACGAAAAAUAAUACCUGCUAAGGGUAAAUGUGGUGGCAGGGCAGAUCCCCAUAAAUGUUCAUUUUGAGACCGUCUCUAGUCAACAGUUGUUGUUCGUCGUCAAUAUCAAAAUUUAUGAAAUAAAAAUUUCUGAUCAA